GCCACCGCAGCCUAUGAGAGCUGCCUGCUUGGGAGCAAAGUAUUCCAAUUUCAUUAAUUAAUUAUGUUCCUUAAUUCAUUUUUUAUGCAAAUCAUUAUUUAUAUCCAUAUAAAUUGAUUGAUCUUCCGCUGCGAGAGAGGGAAAGAAGAAGAAGAAGAAGAAGAAGAAGUGGAAAGGUCCGCGAAAUAUGGCGCAGGAAUUGGGUUCCCUCUCCAGUGUUCAAACCGUAGAUGAUUUGUACUUCUCCGCGCUCUCCAACGAGCACGAAGACGAGGUGUUCCCCAUUUCCGAUUCCUUGUACGCCGAGGAGUUGCAGCUCCAAGAAGCUCUCAUGUCGUCCGUCAUCGCUUCUCAAACCCUAACCCCUAAUCCGCCGCUAACGAUCCAGUUCCAGGUCACUCCGGUUUCUGUCCCGGAAACCGUCGUCGUGGGGGCGAAGGAAUCUGGCCAAUCGUCCCAUAGGUUCUGCGAGAUUUGCGCAGAGAAGAAGGACGCCGAGGAGAUGUUCCGAAUCGACAGUUGCGCCCAUUCCUUCUGCUCCGCCUGCAUAAGCCAGCACAUCGCCGUCAAACUCGGCGAGAAUGCGCUGGUCGUUCCGUGCCCCGCCUGGGAAUGCGACGGCGUGCUGGAACUCGACGACUGCCGGCCGAGGGUGUCCACCGAAAUGGUGGCGCGUUGGGACGAGUUGCUGUGCGAAUCUGUGAUUCCGGCGUCCGAGAAGUUCUACUGCCCGUUCAGUGACUGUUCCGCAAUGUUGGUGAACGAUGAGGGGUCACUGAUAAGGCAAUCGGAGUGUCCGAUUUGCCAUAGAUUGUUCUGCGCGCAGUGCUACGUGCCUUGGCACGGCGAGAUCGCGUGCGAGGAGUUUCAGGGAUUGAACGAAGAUGAAAGGGGGAGAGAGGAUCUGAUGGUGAGAGAAUUGGCGAAGAGUGAGAGCUGGAAGAGAUGCCCUCACUGUAAAUACUAUGUGGAGAAAACAGAGGGUUGCCUCCACAUGACUUGCAGGUGUAGAUUUCAGUUCUGCUAUGCAUGUGGAGAAACUUGGAGCGACACUCAUGGGGCGGAAUGCCGGAGACCAUGAUUGCAUUGCAAUUCUUCGGUCCUAGAUUUCAUUGGUGAUGCUUUAAUUUGUUUUCCCUGUUCUUAGAAUGAACAUUAUAUACAUAUAUAUAUAUAUGUUUGGGCAUGUAUUUGGAGUCAAAAUCAUCUUGAUUAGAGGAAGCAUCUCAUACUUGUGCCGCGCAUGCUGUAUUAGAAGGUAAUUUGCUAUGUGAAUUUUAAAGUGAUUGGGAAGAAAGUUUACGUAAUUUUUCUUUGUUUGGUUUGUGAGAAAGCCAGAGAAAACGAGAAGGCGGGUUUCUUUUUCUUUUGAUCGACUUCAUAUUGGAAUGGGGAAAGGGGAAAAGGAAGAAAAAGGGUAAAGAUGAAGAGAG